AACUCCCGGCGUGCCGCGCGCGGGUUCGGCCAUGUUGUGGGGCCAUGUUCCACAGCAGCACGCAGUGCCGGCACUGGACCUUCCACAGCGAGGAGGAACUGGCGCGGCGCCGCGCUGAGGGGAACCGCCGGGCCCGAGCCAGGGCGGUGGCCAGCGGGAAGGUUCCGCAGGGCGACCCAGUGCUGCUGGAGCCGCACGAGGAGCUGGCGCUAUGCAAGUACUACGAGAAGAGGCUGCUGGACUUCUGCGCCGCAUUCAAGCCCUCGAUGCCGCGGUCCGUUGUGGGUACAGCUUGCAUGUAUUUUAAACGUUUUUACCUCAAUAACUCAGUGAUGGAGCAUCAUCCUCGGAUAAUAAUGCUAACAUGCACAUUUUUGGCCUGCAAAGUAGAUGAAUUUAAUGUAUCCAGUGCACAGUUUGUUGGUAACCUUCGAGAAAGUCCUCUUGGACAGGAAAAAGCUCUUGAACAAAUACUGGAAUAUGAACUACUACUUAUUCAGCAACUGAACUUCCAUCUGAUCAUCCACAACCCAUACAGACCAUUUGAGGGAUUUUUAAUUGAUAUUAAGACUCGCUAUCCAGUGCUGGAAAAUCCUGAAGUUUUAAGGAAAACAGCUGAUGACUUCCUUAAUCGAGUGGCUCUGACAGAUGCGUAUCUGCUCUUUACUCCCUCACAGAUUGCUCUCACUGCCAUAUUAUCUAGUGGCUCAAGAGCAGGAAUUAAUAUGGAAAGCUAUUUAUCAGAAAGUCUUAAGCUGAAAGAAGACAGAUCAGCCUUAUCCCGAUUACUGGAUGACAUGAAAUGCAUGAAAAAUCUCAUAAAAAAAUAUGAACUGCCAAGGCCUGAAGAGGUUGCUGCUCUAAAACAGAAGUUAGAGAAGUGUCACAGCUUGGACCUCUCAUUUAAUACAAACCUGAAACUGAGAUCAAAGACUCAAAGAAGUGCUCUCACUAAUAUAUAAACAGGUUCUUUUAUGCUGAUCUGCAAGCAAGCUGAUUAGUUUGUGAAACUGGAAUACUGGGUGGAUUCUAAGGUGUGACCACUUGAUGUUGUAUGUGAUGAGAACUUGAAAAUCAGGUGAUUAAAACAAGAAUUUUGUAAGGGCUUAAUGUUUUCUUAAGAAUUGUGUGGAUGGCAUAGGACUGCACCCUGAACUUCCAGCAAGCUGCAUGCUGAGGCUUUGGUAGUUUUUUUAUGGAAUAGGUAUGUCCAUAAUGUAAUCCUGGGGUCAAAUAAAGAGAGUCUUAAGUUAU